AUGGAGGACGGAUCAAAACCACUAGAACAACCGCCGCCGCCGCCGCCCCCGCGGCGGCUCUCUCUCGACGACGCGAUCGAGUACUGCAUCGGAGAUUUCGGAUGGAAGCAAUUCGUGCGAUCCGCGAUCCCACUGUUCGCAUGGUUUUUCGAUGCUCAGCAGAUUUUCAUCACCGUCUUUACCGACGCGCCGCCGAAGUGGACCUGCCGGAACUCCACUCUCGACGGCGGCGGCGCAGUCUGUACUGCAGAUUCGAAUCUGUGCCAUCUUCCAGAAGGUUCGUGGUCGUGGGAAUUGCCUCCCCACGCGUCUAUCGUGUCCGAGUGGUCGCUCCAGUGCGCCGGAACAAUCAUCUCCGGCCUACCUGCGUCGGCGUUCCUAGUAGGCUCCCUCGUCGGAGGAAUCCUCCUCGCCACAUUAGCCGAUUCGUUACUCGGCCGGAAGAAUUUCCUCGUCCUAUGCUGCCUGUUAAUGUCGACGACGGGGCUCCUGACCACGGUUUCCACCAAUAUUUGGGUAUAUACAUGCCUGAAAUUCAUCGCCGGAUUCUGCCGCGCCAUGGCCGGAACUUGCGCCCUGGUUCUCGCCAGCGAGCUCGUCGCCAGAAAUUGGCGGGAAAAAAUUGGGGUAAUUGGAUUCCUGUCACUCGGAUUAGGGUUUCUGUCGCUUCCGAUCAUCGCCUAUGUGCUUAGAGGAUUUUCAUGGCGGUUAAUGUAUUUCUCGACGUGUAUUCCCGGCGUGAUUUAUGCAAUUUUGGUGUAUUUCGUCGUCGAAGAGUCGCCGCGGUGGCUGUACAUCAAAGGGAGGAAGAAGGAGUUCGCCGGAACCCUAAGGAGGAUGGCGGCGCCAGCGGUGGAGAAGAGUGAAUUAACGGACGACUUUUUUGAGAAUUGCGUGGAGUGGACGGAGGUGAAGGCGGAGGAGAAUAUCUACACGGCGUUGCGGAGUCUGGCGCGGCGGAAGUGGGCUUUCCGGCGGGUGGCGGUGGUUAUGGUGGUCGGAUUCGGCGUGGGGCUGACGUACUUCGGGAUGCCGUUAGGAUUGGGGAAUUUGUCGUUUAAUUUGUAUGUGAGUGUCGUUUUGAACGCCGUCGCGGAGAUGGCGGCGUCGGCGGCGACGUUUUUUCUGGUGGGGAAAUUGGAUCGGAAAGUGACGUUGGUGACGGUGACGGCGGCCGGCGGGAGUCUGAGCGUGGCGAGCGUGUUCGCGGCGCGGUGGAAGGGGUUUCAGAUCGGCCUGGAAAUGACGUCAUUCUUCUUCGCCUGUACGGCGUUCGACGUGGUGGUGCUGUACACUCUGGAGCUUUUUCCGACGUGCGUGAGAGGCUCCGCCGUGUCGGUGAUGCGGGAGGCGAACCUUCUCGGCGGAGCGAUCGGGCCGGUGCUGGCGGCGGUGGGGAGGAGGAACCGCCUCUGGUCUUACGGCGUGUUUGGGGUGGCGAUUUUGAUUUCUGGGUUGUCUGUUGUUUGGGUGCCGGAAACGCGCGGGAGAAUAUUAUGCGAUACUUUGGAGGAAGAGGAAACUCGGAUGGCCCAAACGAGGCGCUAA